AUGCGAUCCGCUCCAUUUGAUCUGAUUCAGAAAUGGAUUCCCAUCUUCUGUCCGGCUAAAGGUCCAAUGCGAUUCCAAGGGAGACAUAUUGAUCAACGGGGCGUGGAAGGUGAUGCCCAAUGGGCUAAGGGACAAUGGUUUGGAUUAUUGAUCAAUCAAUGGACAAACCCUAGGUACCUCGAUCCGCCUAUCGUUCCCCAUUCGUAA